AUAAGACCGGAUGUCAGAGUUGCUAAAGCAAAAACUUCCGUAAAUGCGUAACUCUUGUGCGCACUGCAAAAAUUCCUUGAACUGAAAACAAAUGGCUUUGGUAUGAAUCGAAUGAACAUGAUGGAACAAGUUCAUUUGGCAGGUGAAGAUGAAGAUGACAUUUAUGGAGGAUUCAAUGAUUAUAACGCCACACUUGAUGUUGAUGAUUUACAACAUGACUCGACCUUCCAGAAAGCCGUCCUGAGAACCAGCCAUGGUAGGAGACCUCCUCCUACUGCCGCCAGAGGACUAGGAGGAGUUCCUGGAACAGCUGCAAGAGGGGGUAGAAUGGGGAUGCCCUCCUCCAUGGGUCGCAUAGGAACGGCUGCUGGAGGGGGAGGUCAGGACAUGGCUCGACCAAUGACAGCAGUGAGAGGGGCUGGCUACACAUCCGCAGGAAACAGAGCAGCUGGUUUUGAUCCCAUGAAUCAGGCAGGACCUGCCCCUCCCCUAGAGCCUAAACCAGAGGAGAGCCCAGAAGAGAAGAUCCGUCAACUAGAGAAGAAGGUUAAUGAGCUGAUAGAAGAGAGCUGCUUUGCCAACAGUACUGGAGACCUCAGCCUGGCCCUUGAAAAAGCGAAGGAAGCAGGGAGGAAGGAAAGAGUUCUAGUCAGACAGAGGGAGCAGCAAUCCAUGGGUGACCAGAUCAACCUUGACCUCACAUACUCCGUGUUGUUUAAUUUGGCCAAUCAAUAUGCAGCUAAUGAGAUGUUUAAUGAAGCCCUGAACACCUACCAAGUGAUUGUCAAAAACAAAAUGUUCACAAAUGCAGGUCGUUUAAAAGUGAACAUGGGGAACAUUUACUUCAGACAAAGGAAUUACCCAAAGGCCAUCAAGUUCUACAGAAUGGCUCUGGAUCAGGUCCCCAAUUCCCACAAAGAAAUGAGGACAAAGAUCAUGCAGAAUGUUGGCAUUGUGUUUGUGAAGAUGGGGCAGUACAAUGAUGCCAUCACGUCCUUCGAACACAUCAUGCAGGAGGCUCCCAACUUCAAGACCGGCUUCAAUCUGAUCCUCUGUUACUUCGCUCUCGGAGAUCGAGAGAAGAUGAAGCGAGGGUUUCAGAAACUCCUGACCGUGGAUCUCAGAAUUGACGAUGAGGACAAAUACCUCCCACAUGGGGAGGACAAGAACUAUAACUUGAUCCUUGAGGUCAUCAAAAAUGACGCACUCAGGCAGAUAGAGAGGAAGAGGAAGUAUGAUGCUGAGAACUGCAUAAAGACAGCAGCCAAGAUUAUCUCCCCUGCCAUAGAAGUGCAAUUCUCUGUAGGAUACGACUGGUGUACAGAACAGGUGAAGUCCUCACAAUACCUUGACUUGGCCCAUGACCUGGAAAUUGACAAGGCUAUCAUGUUCCUGAAACAGAAGGAUUUCACCCAGGCCAUAGAGACCCUCAAAUCUUUUGAGAAGAAGGACACAAAAGUGGCCAGCACUGCUGCCACUAAUCUCUCCUUCCUUUACUUCCUGGAGAAUGACUUGGAGCAGGCAGACAAGUACGCAGAGCUCGCAAUGAGUGCUGAUAGAUACAACCCCGCAGCACUGGUAAACAAAGGCAAUGUGUUGUAUGCCCGGGGCGACUAUGAGAAGGCUAGGGAAUUCUUCAAAGAGGCACUUCAGAAUGAUUCCUCAUGUGUGGAAGGAUUGUACAACCUAGGUUUAACUAACAAGAAGAUCAGCCGGUUAGAGGACGCCUUGGAUUGUUUCUACAAACUCCACGCCAUUCUACGGAACAGUCCACAAGUCAUGUACCAGAUAGCAGACCUACACGAUCAGCUGGAGGACACCGCCCAGGCAACAGAGUGGUUCAUGCAGCUGAUCGGGGUGGCUCCCACCGACACCUCUGUGCUGGCCAGGACUGGGGAAAUCUACGACAACGAGGGCGACAAAUCCCAGGCGUUCCAGUACUAUUAUGAUUCCUACCGGUACUUCCCCUCCAAUAUUCCAGUCAUCGAGUGGCUAGGAGCGUAUUACAUAGACUCCCAGUUCUGUGAGAAAGCCAUUCACUACUUUGAGAGGGCAGCCAUUGUUCAGCCAGCUCAGGUGAAGUGGCAGUUGAUGAUAGCUAGCUGUUAUAGAAGGAGUGGGAACUAUCAGCAAGCUCUAGAGACCUACAAAAAGAUACACAAGAGAUUCCCUGAUAAUAUAGAAUGUUUACGUUACUUAAUGAGGAUCUGUUCAGACCUUGGUUUACCUGAAGCUCAAGAGUAUGCCACCAAAUUAAAGAAAGCUGAGAAAACCAAGGAGCUUAGGGAACAGAGGGCAACAAGUGGAACACGGAGAGGAAGUGGGCGUGGCCGGAGGGGAGAGGAAGAACGAGAAGGCAGUGGUGGUGGAAGGAGAGGGAAGUCGAAGGGGCGACGCCCACAUCUUGAUGACAUCGGAGAUGAACCGUACCAGGCUCGGCAACAGGAAGUCGAUGCUUCAUACUCAGAUCCCCUGGGCCCCCAAAUGGAGCGACCUAAAACCGCCGCAGCCAGAAAACAGGAUAAUGACGAUUUGUUUGAUGAAGACGUUGGGGACGACCUAUUGCCAGAAUGAGGCUACGACCUGCGGAACAGUCAAAUUAUUUACCUGUUGUUAGACAUUGUGACAUUUAUGAUCUGACCUACCGUCCAUUUUACUCUGUAAUUGUACACUGUUAAUAUAAUUUAAGUACAAUUAAAAAUCUGUGAUAUCAGU